CGGUAUGUUAGCAGCACGUGACGGCUACUGCGUGUCACGUGACGUUGUUUUGUUAGAGCCGCGGUCCUGUAGACUGUCUGGAGUGAAGUUGAAAUGGCAAGAAACGAGGAGAAGCAACAAGGGAGAUUGAACAGAUUAUGGCUUCAGAAAGAGAGAGAGGCGGGUCGCCUGAAAGAUGUACAUGAGCGGAGACCCAAGCUGUCUACUCUUAAUUCAGCUUCCUCUGUGAAAAAGUGGAUCCCCAGCAUCAAGAAAGAAAUAGAGUAUUACUUGCAGCAAUCCCAGCUGUCUCACUACCCAGAGAGGAAGAUAGCAGAGUUCCAGCUGCACAUCGACGCUUUAGAAAAAGAGUACAAAAGCUUCAUUGCCAAACUACGAGUUCUUAACCCCUCCUGCAAACAUAAGCCAUGGACUCCUCGAGCGUACUGCAAAAGGAGAGGAGACACACAAGACUCUCCAAGUAUUGGUCAGUGUGUUAAAGUGAAAAAUCCUCAGCCCUGUGAAUCACAUGAUGAUAGCAGGCAGUGGACUGGAGGAGAGAGUGACUUGGCCUGCAAUUGGACAAGAUGUCACAAAACCUCAGCCCCUGAGAGACAGAUACCUCUCAGCCAUUCGGAGACCCCUGUCCCCACCAACCAGAUCUCAGAAACUUCAGAGGCAGUCUAUGCAGACCAGGACCAGCCCCUCUCCUUUGACCAUACAAGGCUAGCGGUGGCAGCUGCUGCGUUCAGAGGACCGUCACUUCAGCGAGGCUCCUCUCAGACACAGAGCCUAGUCAGGAUGCUGCAGUCUGGCCUGCCAAACCUUGUUAACGCUUCAUUAAGGCAAACAUCUUCAACCCAGAGCAGAAAAACAGAGAAUGAUGAUGGGGCAACGAUGGGAUCUGUUGUUGGACAGAAAAGUGACGUCCAAGACCAUAAGUCAGACUGUGAAUCGGCAGAGAGGAUACCUGGGAAGUCAUCCCACACUGGGACAACAGAGGAGAGGACAGGUCAUGUCCUGGGACUAGACUGUUACUCUUCUUCUGAUGAGGAGUGUGACACGUGAUAUUGUUUUGAUCAUGAAAUAUAUUGGUCCACAUUUUUCUACAUUUUGAAUUACAAUAAAGUGUUUUUAUGGAA